CACUGUAAAGCCAGCGUAGAACAGCUAACGCUAUCGCCCCUAUCAUUUUCAUGGAGCGAAGAAAAGCUGGCGUAUUACCCCCACUCCACGCAAUGCAAAGUAGCAUUUAAACGCUGAGCUAACGCUACUUAACCGACAAGAAGAAGAACUGUGUAUAAUAAAAAUGGAGUACUCCAAUUAUUAUAGACAGUACAUCGCGUACGUUGAAUAUUAUAGACGUACAGUGGCAGCUGCAGUUGCAGCAGAGGUUGUAAGGAGACGACGCACAGCCGCUACAGCUGCAGCUAUAUAUUUAAUGAAAAAGAAAAGAAGAUACGCGAAGAAAAGGUUUUAGGUAGCACCCAUUUUUGAAAAUCGUGAUGUACAUAGUUUUUCUUUGCGUCGGUCCCGAAGUUAAUAUUGGAGGACAUACGUUUCCACAAUUAAUUAUUUUCGGAUGACCGCAACUCAGUUGGAAGAAUUGUUGGGCAUGGUUGGACCAAGAUUGCAAAAGCAGGACGUCAUUCGACAAAGUAUCUCACCAGCUGAACGGUUGGCAUUAACAUUGAGAUAUCUUGCUUCCGGGGACUCCAUGAUAUCGAUGUCCUACCAAUAUCUCGUGGGAGUGACAACAGCGGGUAAUAUCAUCCAUGAAACCUGCAAAGCAAUAUGGGAUGUUUUAUGCCCUUUAAUUCUUUCGGGUCGACUGGAAGAAGGAGACUGGGUGGAUAUCGCCAAUGAUUUUAACGAAAGAUGGAAUUUCGUUCAUUGCAUUGGAGCCAUUGAUGGCAAGCACGUCACCAUUCAAUGUCCCAAAAAUGCUGGAUCAGCGUUUUAUAAUUAUAAACACAGUCACAGCAUAGUUCUCAUGGCUAUCUGCGAUGCAAAUUAUAUAAUACGUUUUGUGGAUAUCGGGGCAUACGGACGACGAAGUGAUGGUGGCGUCUUCAAAGAAAGUGCUAUGGGGAAAGCGUUCGAAGAAGGUAGAAUGAAUAUUUCACAACCAGCAGCGCUUGGAGGAGGACCAAUUUUACCAUACUGUCUUGUGGGAGAUGAAGCCUUUCCUUUGAAGACAGAAAACCAAUUAUCGCCAGUCCUGAUAACGCAAAGUUAAUGGUUCAAGCAACUGUUUGUUUGCAUAAUUGGCUUCGCCGGCAGGACAUUGAUGAGAACGCAUAUGUGCCUCCGGGUUUGAUCGAUGUCGAUGAUCCGCACUGUCCAAAUGGCUUCAGACCAGGGUCUUGGCGUGUCAUCAUGGAAGAUGGAUGCGCAUUCAGAGACAUCUCAAACUGUGGAUCGAACAUGAGUGCCCGACAAUGCAUAGAAAUUCGAAAUGAAUUUUGUCGUUAUUUUAAUAACGAGGGAGCAGUGCCGUGGCAAUAUGAAAGAUGUAUGUAAAUAAAUGUGUCUGUGUCUUUUUUAUUUGAAAUAGGAAAUACAUUAAUAAUUACUUAUAAUGUAUAUUUCCUGGUAAUAGAUAUUCAGUUUUCAAAUGGAUGGAACCCAAUCCGGGUUGUUUCAUAUCCGUUUGUUGC